UCCUGUCUAUGAUCUAUGGUAAAGUAUUGAAAAUUGAGUAUACCACUUGAGUUUCAAUACUUUUCAAGAGAUGGCGUUACUAAAGAAAGUAAUAGAUAUUCUCGGACUCUAUAUUAUAUUUGUGUUCAUUGUUCAAUGAAAAUCAACAAUAUAACCUUAAAAUUAGGAACGGUAUGUUUAAGUAUCACGUGGAGUGAUUAAAAAUAAAUUUUUUGAAAUUUUUUGUUAUAAAUGCAAUUUCAAAAUAGUGCGAUUAUAUUAAAGUAUUAAUUUUUAUUUCAUAAACUAAAUAUAAUCAAUCGAGUCUCGAUUGAUAAAGUUAGUGCGAUGAUAGAAAUUAAUACAUAUUAAAAAAUUGAAAAUUAAAUAUUAUUACAAAAAUAUUAUAUAAAAAAUGAGUGAUUCUGAAAAAGAAGAUGAUUCCAAGAUAACGGGUCCAGUGGACAAUGCUUGGUCAUUAGAAAUUCCAUCUUUUAAAGCUGAGGAUAAUCCUAAUCGUUUACUUCAAGAAAGUUCAUUUGCAACUUUGUUCCCAAAAUACAGAGAACAAUAUUUAAAAGAACAUUGGCCAUUGAUUCAGAAAGCUUUAGACGAUUAUGCAAUCAAAGCUGAAUUAGAUUUCAUUGAAGGUAGUAUGACUGUGAAAACCACUAGAAAAACAUGGGAUCCAUAUAUUAUAAUUAAAGCUCGUGAUAUGAUCAAACUUAUGUCAAGAUCUGUUCCUUUUGAACAAGCAGUUAGAGUACUUCAAGAUGAUAUUAGCUCAGAUAUUAUAAAAAUAUCUUCGUUUGUAAGAAACCGAGAAAAGUUUGUCAAGAGACGUCAGAGGCUUAUAGGACCAAAAGGAUGCACUUUGAAAUCCAUUGAAUUGUUGACAAAUUGUUAUGUUCUUGUACAAGGACAGACAGUGGCUGCAUUAGGUCCUUAUAGAAGUCUUCCAUUAGUUAGACGUAUUGUUGAAGAUACUAUGAAAAACAUUCAUCCUAUUUAUAAUAUUAAAGCGUUGAUGAUUAAGAGAGAAUUGGCAAAAGAUCCAAAAUUAAAGAAUGAAAAUUGGGAGAGAUUUUUGCCUAAAUUCAGUAGUAAAAAUAUUAACAAGAGAAAGCAGCCGAAGAAUAAGAAAGAGAAAAAACCGUAUACUCCAUUCCCACCUCCUCAACAAGAGAGCAAGAUAGACAAGAUGAUAAGUACAGGAGAAUAUUUUUUGAACGAGGAACAGAAAAGAGCCAAGAAGAAGAGAGAACAAGAUAUCAAGCACCAGGAGGCUGAGAAAAGAAGACAGGAACGUAGGGCGCAAGCAUUUGUACCUCCUGAAGAAGCAUCUAAAGAGAAAAAGGAAGAGAAGGAUAAUAUAAACUUAGAUGAAUUUAAGAAGAAAGUUAAUAAUGCACUUAAAAAACGUAGUGCAAAAUCAUAAUAUUUAAACCACAAUAUUUAAACCAAGAAUUGUUAUUCUUGCAAGAUUGUUCACUAUAUUAUUUGAUAUUUUUAACUAAAUAAAAUAUUUGCUGGUUGUCUAAAAAAACAUCUCCAUAAUUUUUGGAAUAAUUCCAUCGUUUUAUUAAAAAACUUUGUUCCUAUGAGUUAUAAUAUCGCGUUCUUAAUGUACGAGAUACAAAUAUAUAUAAGUAUGUACCAAAUGUAUAUACUCAUAUAUAUUUCUUGUUUGGAUUUUUAAUAUGAUACAUUUGCAAAAUACAGAAUCGUAGAAAUUCAACGUGUACACCUUGAAGACAGGUAUUCAGUCGAAAACGAACGUCCAUAUGUAUGUAUUUUCUUUUAUUUCCAUGAUUAUUUUUAUUUGCAGAAAUUCAUUAUAAUUUCGACGUAGUUUUAAUAUCCAAAGGAUAACGUACAUAUAAUAAAUUAAA